AUGCGCAGCCAUCUCUUCUCCUCCCUUGGCCUCACGUUCCUAUCCAUAGCGGCCGCGGCCACAACGACCGUCAACCUCGUCAUCCCUCAAACGAACAUCCUCCCGAACCCACGCUCCCUCCCGCCUCAGACUCACGCAAAGCUCUCCUCCUUUCACUUCGACGCCUCCGCCUACUUGUCCCCGGCAAACACCUUCGCCUUCCACAACGUGUCCGAAGGCAGCUACCUGCUCGACGUGCACAGCCCCACGCACGUCUUCGCGCCGCUGAGGAUCGACGUUGUCCCGGUGGUGUCCGGCGCAGGGCAGACGGAGAAGGAUGAGAAGACGGCAAAGUUGAAGGUCAAUGCCUGGGAGACGUACAGGGGUAACGACUGGAAUAACAAGGGGGAGUCUGCGGUGGUCACGAACGGGGGCGCACUGGAGGUGAAGGUGCUGGGGUCUAAGAACUUCUUCGUGGAGAGGAGCGGAUUCAAUGUCCUCAGCAUAUUGAAGAACCCGAUGAUCCUGCUGGGUCUUGUUAGCAUGGGUAUAUUCUUUGGAAUGCCGUAUCUAGUUGACAACAUGGACCCCGAAAUGAAGAAGGAGUGGGAGGAAAGCCAGAAGAGCAACCCCAUGAACAGCCUCAUGAGCGGCCAGCAAGGGACGCCGAACCCAAUGGGUAACUUUGAUAUGGCGGCAUUCCUGGCUGGCUCCUCCAAGGACAGCAACAGCGGUGGAGGGUCGCGGAAUCAGAAAGGCGCCAAAAAGUGA